AUGAAGAACGACCUGCUGCUCCUUAGGCCUGAUGGACCUCAGCUCAGCAAACAUCUCGUCUUCUUCCAUGGAGACAUUCAGAACUUUCAGGAUGAGAUGGUCCUCCAGCCAGAGGGGGUGCAGUGGCUGUCCUGGAGUCUGGAACAAGUGGCUGUCACCCUUGGCCGUCGUUUCCCUCAACACCACAUCUGGGUGGUGAGAGCCUCGCGCAUGUACCUCCACAAGUUCAGCUGCUACCACAACUUUGUGGAGAGCAACAUGUUUGGAGCUCCACAACACACGUCCUACUCGGCCAACGGUGGAGCUCUUCACCACCUCAGGGCCCUGCUAAGCCACGCAAUGGAGCGAGCCGGCCUGCCAAACACUCUACAUCCACAGGGAGGUGCCGCAACAAUCCCGCCAGGGUUUUCUCUGACUGUAGUGGGCUUCAGUAAAGGCUGCGUGGUCCUGAACCAGAUGGUGUAUGAGCUGGCCGGUGCUCGGGCAGACCAGCACAUGUGGGACUUUGUUAAAAGCAUCUCAGACAUGUUCUGGUUGGAUGGCGGCCACCCAGGAGGAAGUGAAACCUGGGUGACAGACAAGCAGGUGCUGCACCAGCUGGCUGCCAGUGGAAUUGGUAUCCACGCGCACGUCACCCCGUAUGAGGUGUGCGACCCCAUGCGGGCCUGGGUCGGCCGUGAGCACAGACGCUUCAUCAAGACCUUGGAGGAGUUUGGGGCCAGCCUCUUCCAUAAAAUCCAUUUUGAAGAUAAACCCCCCUGUAUUGAAAACCAUUUCAGGGUCAUACAGGAAUUCUGA